UACCAUACAUGCCGGGUAUUUAAGGAUUUUUUGUUCUUACUCAACGCUGCCUUAUGUCACACUGUUAAGAGACUUCACGAGCUCACGCGUGUGUGUCAAAAUGUCUUUGUGUGGGUGAUGAUCGUAUCAUUAUCCAAUGAGUAAUAUCCUGAAGACAACAGACUAUGCCGCAAAGGGUUCAGGACUUUUUUAAGGCUAAUUUGAAUUACUGCACGUUCAUAAGUCAAGAUCACUUGCCUUGUACGAAGGAGGUGUCGUAAGGCAACUUAAAACACGACAUCCAGCCGGAGAGGGAAACCUUUUUAGAGGAUGGCGGCGUGCCCCGGGUCUUUGAUUUUGGUUCUGUUUUUCUGCUUCGGCCUUCCAUGGGUGAAAUGUAUUGUCGAAGAGAAGAUAGCUCUGGAACAAGGCGAAAAUGGAGGACCAGGAUCUGAUCGCGCGAAUACUAAAAAACAUAUUCGUGUAGAUCCCUUUCGGUGCCAAGUUAAUCCUUGUUUCAAUGGAGGAACGUGUCGAGCCAUGUAUCCUAGGAAAACUUUGAUUGAACCUUACAAGAAACGUUUCAUCCCUGAAUACUUUAACCCCUCUUGGUUCUGUGUGUGCCCACCCCGGUAUAUUGGUUUUCGCUGCGAACAGGUUUUAGAUCCAUGUACUCCAAACCCUUGCCAAAAUGGAGGCUCGUGCUCGACACAAGGAUCCAAGUUUAGUUGUCGCUGUAGAGUUCAAUACACUGGAAGAAAUUGCGAGAUCCAGAACGAUCCAUGUGUGCAAAAACCUUGCAAGAAUGGAGGAACAUGUUACUCCUUUGGAAACAAGAUGCGCUUUUGUUUUUGUGAACCUCAAUUCACUGGAGGAAGUUGCGAGAAAGUAAAUUGCAACGCUCGCCCAUGCAAGAAUGGAGGAACAUGCCUUAAUGUAGAAAAGAGAUCAUUCUGCAAGUGUCCAGCUGGAAUUACUGGAAAACUUUGCGAGGGCGAGAUCCCAGUCAUCACAAAGGAUCCUCAAGACUCCAUUCGCAUGAAAGGUGACGGCGUAACACUUUGUUGUCAAGCGACAGGGAAGCCUGCUCCUGUGUAUGAAUGGUUUCGGAACGGUGUGCGCCUGCUGCAACAUAUAAGAAAUAGAAACCUACAUCUUUCUACAUUAUCUUCACGUGACUCUGGUGCAUAUCAAUGUCGUGCAAAAAACAAGUUUGGGGCGACAGUUUCCAACGAAGCAACGCUGACAGUCGUGCCUGGUAAUCGCCAAGACUCAUGCCACCCCACCCCACUGACGAGAGUUGUGUCAUUACCUGAAGGAUGCACAGAAGAUAGCAGCGGGAGGAACAGCGUCAAUGUUGGUACUUGUUCUAACGAAGCAUGCGUGAAGCGUAACCAACGGCAUGCCGGGAGGUGUGGGGGACACGACUCCAAUCGGCAAUGUUGUAGCGCUGCUUCUAUGUCUAACAGCCGCGUUAGUUGCAAAAGCGGUAUAAAGUUCAACAUUCAGAAAGUCUCCAAGUGUGCAUGUGCAGACUGUGCUGUCUCAAAAAUUGUUGUUCGAGGCAAGGUUGUCGAUCCUGAGGGAAGUCCCCUUUGGCGGGGCGAGAUGACCUUGAGCACUGACGCUGGUAAAAGAUACUAUACGGACAGGCAAGGGAAUUUUAAGAUUCUGGUCAGGUCAGGAACGAAGCGAAUAGUAUUGACUGUAAAAGACAAGUUUCAAGGACUGCUGGAAGACACAACGAAAGUUUUCGAACUUCAGGAAGGGCAAGUGUCCUUUUAUACCAUCGUUCUUCAAAAGAAACCGCCUGCGAUUAAAUUCCCAGCAAACAAGAAAAAGAACAUUCCUCUUGGAGGGUCUGGAGGCAAACCUAAUUUUGUCGAUCUGGACAUCCCGGCAAAUGCCUUCCUCACAGCUGAUGGAAGAGUAUAUAAUGGUGAGAUCACUGCAAGUAUUGGGGUGAUUGAUCCUAGAAGCCAGGCAGACAUGACAGCAGCCCCUGGGGAUUUUUCAGCGAUAGACGACAAUGGAGAGGAGGUGCCCCUUGGAUCUGUUGGAAUGCUGAGGCAAGUCUUUACAGACAAUAGUGGUAAUCAGCUCAGUCUUAAUAAAAACAUCUCAGUCCGCAUCGACGCUGACCAGUUAGAUAUACCCGAUGGUGUCACAGUUUAUCAAUGGUACCUGAGCAAGGAAACAGGUCGCUGGGUUAAGUUCGGGGUAUUACGCCCCGAGCAAGGAGGAAGUUCAAGACUCAAGAGACGGUCACCAAGGAAGUUCUUUGUGAGUGAAAUUACACCAAAUGUUCCUUUGGACAAUAUCAACUGGGAUUACGUUACUGUUGUCAGUUACGUCCGAGUCAAGGCUCCUUCAGGCACUGUAGUGACUCGCAUCGGUCUGAGCGACAAUGGGCUACAGUACACUUCUUAUCGCCAAGAUACAGUCCCUGCUAGCGGAACCCUGUGCAUUUUAAGCUUACGAGACAAACGAGCCAUUCUUCAAGCCGAACGCGAUGGAGUGCCUCUCGUUCCACGACAACCUACUGGCUUUCCUUCAUCGGUGAACCCCCAGAUCAUUGAUGGGUCGUCUGUGGGAAACGUUUUCAAAAUUCAGUCCUUCCGGUUCACUUCCACCAAAGCAGAUGAUAGAGGUCCCGUUUACCUCAGAGGCGAGCAUGGCAGAUGUGCUCAAAGAGGAGCAAAUGAUUUUGCUUUUGAAUUCCGAGAUGCUAAUGUGGGGCAAUUGUUCCACUGGCAAAGUAUUAGAAUUAAAGAUCCCAACGAUAUUCGGUUGUGGCAGGUGAGACCUGAUGAGAUUUGUUUUGUCAAAGCACUUGUGGUAGGGUCAAAGCCUGACUCAGUUAUAUAUGUGAAGAGCUUUGGAAAAGCUCCUGGUCUAUCCAACGUGGAUUACGGUUACACUGCGGAGAAGAGUGCCACGGUUGGUGGACAAGGUGUGGUGUGCUUGGAAUACCGAUGUAAUGAGGGUUCAUCAGGGCAGUACCAGACCCACUUACAAUUCCUCACGCUGACAGGAUCAUGCACAGUUCAGGGGCUCAACAGUGUUUUGAAUGGUGCACAAAACCAAUGCACUGUGCCGCCAGCCAGUUCCUCAAGUCAAGAGCGCAACUUUUGUGUUCCACAUUUAGUGGGAGGCGAUGCUGGGCUCUACUCUGGAGAUACAGGUGUGGCCAAGAAUAGGUGUCUCACAGGGAACCAGCAGUACAACUCAGGCCGACCAACUCCUACAAAUCUAAACCCUACAGUCACCAUAAAUUGCCAGCGUCAGCCUGAUAAAAUAACGAGAUGGAUAAAUGGGAAUUGACUGUGUGGACCAUUAAGCUAACAAAUGACAGACCUGACUAAGCUGCUUUCCUACAUAAGAUAAGAUGAUUGAAGGGUGAUUUAAUUUUCAUUACACAAGAUUUUAAUGCGAUAAAUGGUAUUGAAUAAACGAAGGUGUGAUGUUUUUUA